CGGCGCGGGCGGCCAUGGCGGCGCGGCUGCCGGCGCUGCUGCUGCUGGCGCUGCUGCUGGGCGGCACGGCGGGACCCGCGGCCUGGGCAGCGCGGAGCCGCGGCGCCGAGAAGCAAAACAGCCUCCGCCGCGCUGCCAGCGGGCUCUAUCAAGGCGUCAGCGGCCUCUUCGGCGAGGAGAACGUGCGGGCCCUGCAGAAGUUUUUCUCAAGGUUGACAGAGAGGUUUGUGAAUGGGGUGGACAUAUUAAUGGACACAUUCUGGAGAAUAUGGACUGAUUUGUUAGAUGUUCUUGGAAUUGAUGCCUCCAACUUGACUCAUUAUUUCAGCCCUGCAGCAAUUGCCAACAGCCCGACCCGUGCUCUUCUCCUGAUUGGUGCCAUUUUACUUGCCUAUUGGUUUUUAUCUCUCUUCCUUGGAUUCUUCUUCUAUCUCCUGCACAUGGUCUUCGGUCGCUUUUUCUGGAUCGCCAGGGUCGCCCUUUUCACUCUCUCGUGCAUCUACAUCCUCCAGAAGUACGAAGGGGACCCAGAACACGCAGUCCUGCCUCUCUGCUUUGUUGUAGCAGUCUACUUCAUGACGGGGCCAGUUGGAUUUUACUGGAGAAGAAACAGCAACAGCAGCCUUGAGGAGAAGAUGGACCACCUGGAUAGUCAGAUCAGACUUCUGAACAUACGUCUUUCCAGGGUGAUUGAGAACCUGGACAGAGGCAGCGAGCAGUGAGCCAGCCCCUGCAGAGCCCUGGACACCAGCUCCUGGAAAGUCCUCCUCCAAGUUACAAAGCAACAAAACAUCACAUGGUAAAAAGUGUGCAAAGGUAGAACUUUUCAUCAUGUGUAAGACUAAUUUAUCUAGAUUAUACACUCAGCCAUUAUACUUGUAAGGAAAAAAAAGAAAAACGUUUUAAAAAAAUCAGCUAUAUAUUCAGAGAGUUUUAUCCAGUACUAGAAUUUUUCUCAGUAGAUGAACGGUUACUUUUACAAGCAUUGAAAAGCAUCUUUUGUAAAGUUUUUAUAAAAGCAAAUGGAGUAGUCUUUCAGAUAUUGAAAUUGAGCUAAACAUAUGCAAAUUUGACACUUAAAAAUUAAAAAGAAAAAAAAAAAGAGUCUCAAGCUACCAAACACAUUGAGAAGUAACUGCUGUGGGUCCACAUUUUAUUUUUCAAAUAGGUUUUGUUUCAUUGUUGGCUUAUUUCAUUGCCUUGAAGUUGCCUUCCACAGAGUAUCAGAUGAGGAAUUUUCUGGUAUCCAGGCCAAAAAACUCACACCGUAGCUUUUAAUGGGAGGUGGGGAACAAGAGAGAAGGAAGAUUUCAUAACUUUGAAGUCCUUAAAUGCCAGUCCAGCAUGAGGAACUGAGAAGUGCAUUUCAUCUCGAGAGCUUUAAUUUGGUGUCUGAAAUGUUCUGAAAUAAGUUGACACAAAGCGAAGAGAUGGAGCAUGUCAAAUUAUAAUUCAUAUUGGAUCUUCACAGUGAAGCAUCUUCCAAGCAUAAAUGCAUAGGAUAAAACAUGAUUAUUUUACCUUGGGGACCCAUGUACUUUUCAAAAAAGGCAGCAGUGAAAACGCUUGCAAUUGUAUUGUUGCUUAAAGCUUUCUCAGGACCAAUAAGCAGCAAUAAAUUAUCUUCAGGAAGAUCUGGAUUUUUUUUUUUUUUCUAAAAUUGUAAUAGUUUUAUAGGAGCUUUUUGCUUGAGGUUGGUGCCCUCACUCUGCUGGGUGUUGGGGAAAGCGAGGCCCGUGCUGAGAAGGAUGUAUUAAGCAGUGGUAUUUCAAAGUGAUGUAGGACCUUGGGAGCAGUUUUGUUUUGAAGGAUUGUAUGUAUUUGUAACCUUACAAGUGGGUAGGUGGGCUGACUCGCUGCUUUGUAGGGUUUGCAGAAAUGCAUUGAAGCAAAAGUGACCUCAGGGAAGAAAGCCCAGCAAGUGGUUUGAACCUAGAAAUGUGGACGUGGGGGGAGGGACCUGAACCAUAGGGACAAGCACAGUAUCAAUGCCAUGAGGUAAAGUGGACCACAGCUGAAGAGCUACGUGAGGCCGAAACGAACAAAUAAAGGAAACAAUGCAACAAAAAUCGAUCAGUGAUAGGGGCUGGCUACAAAGGAAGGGGAACAAACCCAGUAGGUGACCCAUGUGCUGUUGCUUCCAUGCGAGUGCUGGCUCCAGGCAGCUCAGCACUGGGUCUUGGGUUUCUUGUUGCCUUGAGUAGAGCUUUUGUGGGAUGUGGUGCUUAAUGAAUGUAACUGUGGGGUGACUUUAUUUUUCUCUUUAUGCUGAAGGUUAAUACUCUCCUUAAAAUGUGUGUUACUUGCCUAACUUUUUUGGGUCUGUAAGUGACAUUUACAUGAGGGAUUAUUUUAAAAUCCACGUUAAUGGCCUUCGCUCCAAACGGUGAUCAGUUCAACACGGUUAAACUUCAUAUGCACUUGGCACUAUUGUAAGCCAUUUUAAUUGUUUAAGUUAUCUGGGCCCCUAUUUUUCAAAAAAUGCACAUUGGGAGUUGGAAAGUGACUGCUUUUGAUAACUUAGUCUUUUCCAUGAACAGAUUAGUGCUCUGGCAACAAACAGUUGUUUUGCAAAGUUGAAAAUGUAAACUUGAGUACAUUCCUUUUUACAGCUCGUUUUCCAUAGUAUUACAGUCUUCCCUGUAAGCUCAGUUUUCCAUACUGUUGUGCACAGAGGACUGGGCUGGGACAACAACCUGGGAAUUGGGAAUUGAUUAGCAAAGCUCAUCAGGUCUGUGUGAUUUGCUGAGGCCUGAGGACCAAAGCCUGCAAACCUCACUUGUGUCAGUGGCUCCAUUGAUUGCAGCAGGACCAUGUGCAUGAGUCAGUUUUGCAUAGAUUGUAUUUCGUGUAAUCCAUAUUUAACAUUGAAGCUAAAAGUACUGAAUCGUGACAUAUAUUAAGAGGUGUCUAUGAUAAAGAUUUCUUUUAAAAUACUGUAUAAAAGUUAAAUUGGAUUAUAGUUUCUCCCUGUCUCGCUAUAAUAAUUUAUCUUAGUUUUGUAAAAUCAACCCUGCUAUAUUAAUACUCUUCAUUUUGAUCACCCUGCUGCUUGGAAGAAAAAGUAUUUUUGUAUUUACUUGCAUCCCAUGUAUAGCAAGAUGUUAUGUGAAAGUGGUAUAUAUAAAAUUGGAUAUUUUUAAUCAGUAUUUUUCCCAGUGCUCAGUUUUCAUGUUAGUCAAAUUCAGAAGUAAUGAUUUUUUUAAAGGCACAAUCUAAUCUCAAAUAUAUAUAUAUAUAUAUAUACAUACACUUUAAAAAUGCUCUGUAUUUUUAAACAUGCACUGUAGUGAAAGCGCUUUCGGGACAUGAAUGUGAUAUUGUAUUUAACCUCUUUCAACUUUUGUAAAUGCCUUUUACAAGUACUUUCCAUGCCAACUCACCUAGUUUGCCCAUGGAGGUUUUUUGCUCUGUUUUUUAGACCUCGUUUCAGUGACAGUGGUUGCACUACUUUUUUGUUGGCCUUGGUAGGAGCAGCUCCUAGGGGCUGGCAGAGAUGUGCAGGUGUCUCCUGAUCACCCACAGAUGAACUGAGACAGAGUUGGACAGACAUCCCUGAGUUGGUGACAGAAAUGGGAAUGAACUCUGGCUUUGGCAGCUCCCGGCCUCGUGCCCCAACAGCAGAACAGCUGGAUGGAAGGUGGGAGCAGUGUCUGUGUGCUCCUGCUCCCCUUGGUGCCUGGCCUGCUGUGAGCUCUGGUGCCCUGGGGCAGAGGCACAUGCCCCUCUGUCCUCUGUGCCAAACAAGGGCCGCUCGGUUGGAGCGGUUCCAGCUCCGUGACCUUCCCGUUCGCAGCCGCUACGCCAGAGAGCGUCGCUCUAAGGGUUUAAAUGGGCGCAGUAUCCGGAAUUCCUGUGAGGUCUGAAGUGUUUUAAACUUCAUACUUUCAGACCUACUCUUUGGAACGACUGUAGUAUUCUUGAUGUGUUCACAUACGUGCAGGACGAACCAUUUCUUUGGCAGUGCACGCCUCGCCUGUAGAUAACCCAUCUGUCACUGGGACGUGACGCUUUCCAAAGUGGCCCUGGGUGCCAGUGCCACGUGUAGAGCCGGGUGUAGUUCAGUGCUGUGCUCAGUAGUGCAUCUGUCCAGUCGUGAUCUGCUUCCCAAGGCUCGUUUGCACCGUUAGCGUGGAAAAUAGACCCGUAUCAACCUUAGCUCUUUGGUGGCGUAGAAGUUUCCGGGUGUGAUUAUUUGCCUCGCGUACUGAUCCGUAUUUGGCAGCUAAUGACGUAAAUGACCAUGAGUUCUCUUUGUCGGGGUUGGAAAAAAAAUAAAAUCAAAAGUGUUAUUGUAUCCGCAUGUAUUUUACACUUGGGGAUGAUUCCGCCGCGCGGCUCCCGCGGCGGCCGGGCCUGUCCCUCCAGCCGGAGGCGGCACACGCGGCCGCGCUCGGCGCCGCUGCUGGUGACUUCACCCCCGUUUUGUACAUCAGAUUUCAGGUGAUCGUGCUUAAGUUUGUACAAUUGUGUCGAUGUAAAAAAUACCUUGGUCUGAAGCGAUGCCGUGUGAAUCCUUUGGAGAUACGAUCCGUAGGGAACCGUUAGAUUCUACUGAUAAUAGCGUUAAGUAGUUACAAAAUAGAUCACUUAUUUUUUACAGAGCUCUACUUGCCUUUAUUUAUUACUUAUCUGACCACCCAAUCAAUGUGCUGUGUAGUUCAGUAUUUGUAGCCCGAUUUCACGAACCAGCUCUGCUCUUUGUGACAAAGCCGACAAUAAACGUUGACUCAGA